AUGUAUGGUUCCUACUUGGAGGAGGAUCUAUGUGAAAAGAAACUCGGUACUGUUAUCACUCCAGAUACAUGGAAAGAUGGGGCAAGGAAUACCACAGAAAGUGGUGGAAGAAAGCUGAAUGAAAAUAAAGCUUUGACUUCAAAAAAAGCAAGAUUUGAUCCAUAUGGAAAGAAUAAAUUCUCAACUUGCAGAAUUUGCAAAAGUUCUGUGCACCAACCAGGUUCUCAUUACUGUCAGGGCUGUGCCUACAAAAAGGGCAUAUGUGCAAUGUGUGGGAAAAAGGUUUUGGAUACCAAAAACUACAAGCAAACAUCCGUCUAGAUCACUGAUGAAGUUUCUGGCUUUCUAUAUGAUUUUACUUUCUGCUUUGAACUUUCAAGGAAUAACAUAGAUGUUCAAAUUAUAAAAUAACAUGUUGUAAGACAAAUAAUUAAGUUUAAGCCAGGGAAAUUGAUCAGUAUUCAUUCUUUUUCUCUCAAGAAGGAAUAGCAAAAAUGUAACUAGUCGUCUGUCUUAAGUUGUUAUUUUUGUUACAAG